CUCCACCCUCCCUCUCCCCUCCGGCCCCAUCUCACGCCCUUGGCCCCUCCCCAGCCCACCGCAGGCCGGUGUUGCUGGGGCGGGACUCGCUCCCGGUCCUGCCAUGCAGGCUGGGCCCCCGGAGUCCCGCGUCUCCCGCUGGCUGCGGCGGGGCACCGGCCUCUUGGCGCACCUGGUGGCGCUGGGUCUCACCCUCUUCCUGCUGCUGCUCUCCCGGCCCGGCACCAGUGAGUGGGGUCUGUUUUCUUGGCACCCUGUCUUCAUGUCUAUAGCGUUCUGCCUCUGCCUCCCUGAAGCCAUCCUGCUCUUCUCGCCCGAGAACUCGCCCUUCUGCCUCUGCUCCCGCCAGGUGAAAGUGUGGCUGCACUGGACCGCGCAGACGCUAGUGGUUGUGGCUGCCGCACUGGGCCUGGCCUUCAUCAUCUCCAGCAAGAAUCGGAGCGAGCUCCCGCACUUGGUUUCCUGGCACAGCCUCCUAGGCGUCCUGACUCUGGCUGCCACCUGCGGGCAGGCUCUGUGUGGGCUUAGCCUGCGCUUCCCCCAGCUGCUGAGGAUCUCUUCUGUGGCACGGCUGAGGCUGUACCAUGUCACAUGUGGCCUGGUUGUGUGUCUGCUGGCCACCUUCACUGUAGUCCUCGGGAUUUGCUCUGACUGGUUCCAGGCACAGAUCAAAGGAAUAGCUUGGUAUUUCUGCCUGGCACUGCCCUUCUACCCUGCCCUGGUGAUCAUGAACCAGACCACGGGCGUUCAUCUACCGAAGAAAAGGGUGCGUGUCUGAACUCCGGCCUCCCAUCCUCCUUGUGCCUCUUCCCACCCUGGGUCUGAGCUCUGACCUGCCCAUCCCCCUCUCUUCUCCCCCCUUCCACCCCUGGGUCUGAGCUCCAGCCUGCCCAUCCCCUUCUGCCCCCCCCAACACCCCCCCAAGUCUGAGCUCCCACUUGCCCUUCUGCCUUCGUUCCACAGUACAUGGAUGCAUUGGGGCUAGUCCCUUCGCUCCCUGUACUAAUGAGCAUUUUCCCUUGUGCGUUUAACAGAGCUGCUCUGUAGGUAUAGGUCCUGAGCUGGCAGAUCACAGCUGAGAUAGACACUUAAUGUCUUUUUGUUCAGGUUUGACCCGGGGCUCAAUUUCAAGCUCCUGGCUCACACUGGAGUCCCUGCCCCUGAGCACUGCAGCUCAGCUGGUCCUGCCCCUGGAUGAGUCCCUUUGCUUUCGGGUGGAAAGCCCCGGCCCAUCUUUGCACGCAGAACUCCACCGGCAAUCUCUGCUUGUCGUUGGACCCCUGGGGCUGCUGGGAUUGUAAAUGAGGCAGAAGAGCACCUGGGUGCAAUAGGCCCCAGGUUCUCUUCAAACUGGAUGAAUUAUUGUUCCUAAUGUUACUCUGGGCUUUCUGUUGCCCUCUUCCUCCUGCAGUGCCGCCCCCGCAGCCCCGACCCAUGCAGGUCCUCACAGAGCCCCAGGCUUUUCUUAGGCAGGAGGGUUGGAUUUUGUGGUAGUUGGACCCCCUAAGGGCCCAGCAGGCUGAGGGGACAGUUGGAAGAAUAUGCGGCCUUUUGCCUGGAUUCUUGCCAAUGUGGGGAGUGAAAUGGGCCUGUGUGAAAUGAAUUGGUGGUCUAGCUAUGCCUGAGGCACCUAGAUCCUAUGGUGAGGGUGGUGCCAUAGACAGGUGGCACUGGGUGUGGAAACGUGCACAUUGCUGCCCAGGCUGUACCCAUCCAGUGGGUGAGCAAAGGUCUUGGCUCUGCAUGGUCCUUUGACAAACACUGAGUUAACUGUAGCCAAGGAUGGGGUUAGGGGAUCCUGGGGAGGUGGUUGAUUGGCACCCUCCACAUCCCCCUCGGAGAAGCGGCUAUUUCAAAGGCCAGUUGCAGCACUUGACUACUGCUCUUGAUUGUCCCCUGCUGCAAUGGCAGGUCUGUAUCUGUGGGUCGCUUUGGGGCAGAGGCCAUGGGUUAGCUCAGUGGGUUAUAAUGGGAAAGAACCAAGUUUGCAGUGUUCCUAGGGUUUUCAUGGGCUGGGGAUGGCUUUGUGUAGCCUGGGGGUAGGAUGCAGGUGUAGCCUGGGGUAGGUUUACUAGCUGUGGAGGCUUCAUAACUUGCAAUGACUUGGGCUUUGGACCUGGGCUCCACUGAAAAUUUAGGUCAGCAUAGCUCCAGAGCUCGUGACUGCCACAGCUGUGCUGACCGCACCCCCGAUGUUGACACAGCUGAGGUGACAGAAGCAGUUUUUCAUCAGGCUAGCUACCAUCACUCGGGUAGGUGGCAUUCCUAUUCCAAUGGAAAAGCCCCUUCCAGCUGUAGGCCACAUUGACACUGUAGGUAUGUGCUGGCAUCACUGUGGCGACGGAGCUGUGUUGCUAUAGUCCCCAUAGUGUAGAUGUAGCCUUAGUCAGCAGCAAAGCUCCUAGGGCCAUGUUUGGAGUGGGAGCUGAAUGACUCGCACUGUUCCCAUAUUUAACCAUUUUAAUGGCAGGACUUGUGGCAGGCGUCUGCCUCCAGUAUCUCAGAAGGUGCCCCACUGGCUUGCAUUGCAUUUCCCUUUUGGGGGUGCUACCAGUUCACCCUCUUCCUUUUCCUCUGCUGCUGUCUCACCAGCAUCCAAAGAACCUGCACAGCUCUGGGGAGAGGCCUCUGGAGUGGGUGCUUGGUUAAAUCACGCAUUUAACUCCUUUCCUGAAUACUUGUGAGGGUGGGGCAGUUGUGGAGGGGAUGAAGGACCAGAGCAGAGAACAGGAGCCUGAGGUGCUAACCAGCUGGCACUGCAACAACAGAAUGUCCAAUGUCCUGCCCCCCACACCUCCCUGUAUGUGUCAUCAGUGGGGUUUUCACCUGGGACCCUCUGCACCGCAGCCCUGGUUAAAGAGUAGCUCUGCUAGGCUUCUAUCCUUGAGGAUCAGCUACUAUGCUAGUGUGGGGACACAUGCAGUGAGCAGACUAUCACUGCGUGGGUGUGGGUGGCAGCAGAGGCAAGGCAAAUGUGCUAGCGGCGUGGAGACCCAUGGAAGGGCUGUGAUGCCCUGUGAUGGCUCUUGCUGUGAACAUGCUGCUGAAACCCUUGUGCCGUCUUCUGCCCAGUCCCACUCGACUGGAAAAUGAAAGAGCGUGCAGAUUCUUUUGUGCACUCAGGGUUUGGUUGCUAGCUAUCCUUCCCCUCCCCAAGGACUCACUCCUCAUUCUGAAAUGCCACCUGCAGUGUCACUCUGGAUUAACCCUGUGAAGCUGGCAGGAGCAAUCCUUGCACUUUCCAAGCUCAGGACAUUCCUCAUUUUAGCUGCAUUCUGAGUGGCUUCGGCUUGUUUAACCCAACUGGAUCCCCUCUCUCUGUUGUGUUAUGGGUCCAAAAAGCUGGGCCAAGUCCCUGCCUGUGGUCUAAAGGCAUUGGCUUUGCCUGCCACUUGGCAGUGAGAAUGUCUUCCAUCUCAGGGAACUAAUGAAGUGCAAUUCAACAUUGAGGCCU